CUAUCAAAAUCGUACAUUAAUCGCACUCAUCGCACCAUCGUCUGCAAAAUAGAAAACGUAAAAAAUUAAAGAGAAGAAACACUUUUUAUAAAAACACUUUUUACUAAUGGUUUAACAUCGAAUAAAUCAUAAAAUUGAGUGUAAAGUGUUUGUUCAACAAUAGCCCAAAGCAAUUAGAUUAUUUUCAGUGUCAAAAGUGAUUUUGUGAGUGUUUAUCGUCGUAGAAAUACGGAAUUAUUUUUGGAUUGAAAAUUACAAGAAACGAGAACACCACAAGUCGAAAAGAUAUAUUUUCUUUCGAUCUAAGACCGAAUCGCACGUCGUUUCUCUACUUUUGUUUUUUUUUUUUUUAACUCUGUUUACAAAGUCGAAGAAUAAUAUAAUUGAGUGGUGUGUUGUGCGAUAACUCGAACAUUGUUUUAAGCUGUCAGUCACACAUAGUGUCAAAAUCUUUAAAAGGACAAUAGAUCAUCAUCUCUACACGUUAUACUUUCUAAUUUUCUAAUUUGAAUUUAGAAAUAUUCCACAACAAACAGUCGAUAAAUUCAAAUAAUCAACAAAUUCGCCAUUCACGAUCAAAUUGUCGUCCCUAUUUUAAAUUUCAUCAAAUCGACGGAUCUCUUCCAAUCAGUACAAUGCCUCUAUUUGGAAAAUCAACGAAAAGUCCGGCUGAAUUAGUGAAGGCAUUGAAGGAGGCUGUCAAUUCGUUGGAACGAGGUGACAAAAAGGCUGAAAAGGCUCAGGAAGAUGUCAGCAAGAAUUUGGUGUUAAUCAAAAAUAUGCUGUACGGUACAUCAGAUGCUGAACCACAGACGGACUAUGUAGUGGCACAAUUAUCGCAAGAAUUGUACAAUAGCAAUUUAUUAUUACUACUCAUACAGAAUUUAAACAGAAUCGAUUUCGAGGGUAAAAAAGAUGUAGCACAAGUGUUCAAUAAUGUACUUAGACGACAGAUUGGCACCAGAUCGCCAACAGUUGAAUACAUAUGCACCAAACCAGAAAUAUUAUUCACAUUAAUAGCUGGAUAUGAGCAUCAAGAAAUUGCUUUAAAUUGUGGUACAAUGUUACGUGAAUGUGCCCGGUAUGAAGCGCUAGCCAAAAUUAUGUUACACUCGGAAGAGUUUUUCAAUUUUUUUCGAUACGUUGAAGUCUCUACAUUUGAUAUUGCAUCGGAUGCAUUUUCCACUUUUAAGGAGCUGCUGACUCGUCACAAAAUCUUAUGUGCCGAAUUUUUGGAAGCGAAUUACGAUAAGGUUUUUACACACUAUCAACGACUGUUAAAUUCGGAAAAUUAUGUGACACGUAGACAGAGCUUAAAAUUAUUGGGUGAAUUGUUAUUGGAUCGGCAUAAUUUCACUGUUAUGACAAAGUACAUAUCAAAUCCGGAUAAUUUAAAACUCAUGAUGAAUAUGCUGAAGGAGAAAUCGAGAAAUAUUCAAUUUGAAGCGUUUCACGUGUUUAAAGUAUUUGUGGCCAAUCCAAACAAACCAAAACCAAUAUUGGACAUCCUGUUACGCAAUCAAGAGAAACUAAUCGAUUUCCUAACCAAAUUCCACACCGAUCGAUCUGAGGAUGAACAGUUUAACGAUGAAAAAGCCUAUUUAAUCAAACAGAUUAAAGAACUCAAGCCGGCUGCCGAGCAAUAGUGAUGAUAAACUUUCGUAUAUAUAAAACAACACAUUUAAUAAAAAAAAAAACGUAUAAAAAAGAAUGAACCCCCUUCCGCUAACUCUCCCGAUAAAGAGAAUAGGAUAAAGUAUCGUUUAUCCAUAGAGAGAGAGAGAGAAAGUGAUAGAGAAGAGAAAAACUUUGGAAAUGGAGAGGAAAAAUGUAAACCACAACCAACAAACAGCAACAACAAAAUCAACAACAAUUUCAAAAUUACUUUAGGAACGCAUCAUUAAAAAUAUUUAAAAGAAAAACAAAGAAAUAUUCUAAAAUAUUCUUCAUUUAACUAGUAAAAAUACAAAUUAUCGACAAGAAAAAAAAGGAAGCAAAGGAAUGUUACUUACAAAGAAAUUCAUUUAAUGUAAUAUGCAAACCAGUCGCUUGUAACAAUUUCAAGACACCUCCAUGAUGUUUCUUUUUUUGUCAGACUGAUAAAAUUUUGAAGAGAGAGUUAAAUUGCAGAACAUUUUUAUUUUGAAUUGGAAAUUAACAGAAGAAUAUGGAAGAAAAUCUAUCUGCAAAGAUACCAUCCCGAUUAUGUAAAUAAAAUUAGGCCCAUGCAUAGAAACUAAGCGAAAAAACAGAAAAUAUUUAUUUGUUUUAUUUAAAGUGAAGUAAAAUGGCAAAAUUUGCCGAAUUAAAAAUAUUUUUUUAGAAUUUCAUGAGAAAAAAAAACCUUCAAAAUUUAAAUUUAGAAAAGAGAACGGGGAAAAUUUACUUGAAAUUAGGAAAACUUGGUGAUUGGAAAUUUAAAUUCAAAAUGUAAUCAAAAAAACAAUGAAAACGAAAUUAUUAAAAAAUAAAUAAAUUUGUCUCUAUUAGCUCAGACAUACUUUCUGAGAUGCUGUUAAAUAAAACAAAACAAAAAAAAACGUCUGAGCACGUUAUACA